AUGACUGAUUUACAAAUAAAUACGAAAUUACCACUGCGUCGUAAUCGACCUGGUACGAAAGCGGCCGAAUGGUGCCAUUGGCCAGAAGAAACAUCCGAAAAUAUGGACUCACUCUAUCAUAUUCAGCAAUAUAUUCAACAAUCAAUUCGACGCAAUCCAUCAGAUAUUGAUUUUAUUCUUCAAGCGCCUGAUCAACAAGAUGAAGGUGUUUGGAAGUAUGAACAUCUACGACAAUUUUGUCUGGAAUUGAACGAUUUAACGGUUCUUUUGCAAAAAGAAUGCUUACCUGAAACGUGUUCGCAAAUGACCGCCACCGAACAAUGGAUAUUCUUAUGUGCUGCACAUAAAAAUCCCAAAGAAUGUCCAGCAAUUGACUAUACUAGACAUACACUCGAUGGCGCUGCCUCGUUGUUAAACAGCAAUAAGUAUUUUCCAAGCCGAAUCUCGAUCAAAGAAACCUCGAUUGCCAAGUUAGGUAGUGUUUGUCGUCGUAUCUAUCGAAUAUUUUCUCAUGCUUACUAUCAUCAUCGCACGCUCUAUGAUGAAUUCGAGGAUCGCACUCAUCUCUGCCGUCGAUUCACUGUCUUCGCUUUACGUUAUGGUCUAAUUCCUAAAGACAACUUAAUUGUUCCCAUCAAUGGUGUUAAUCAAGAUGUGACGACCAUAAUGCAACAGCAGACAUCACCAGUUAAGUCAGUUCCAGUUCAAUCGAUAAAAGACAAUGAUAGUCCACCCUCGCCUGUUAUACCUUCAACGGCAGCAAUCGAAAGCGAUGCUUAA